AUGGAAGGCCAGCCCGAUGGUUGGCAAGAGGUGAGCGGUCCAUCCGUCUUCUGGAUCCUCCUCACUCUCAGUAUAGCUGCUGCAACUCUGCCGUCUACGAGAAGCAAGAUUACAGGCCCUUACAUGAAAGUCGGUACCAGCAUCGAUCCCCUACGUUCGAUGUCAUUGGUCUGGCUCAUCGAUGCUAUAUUGGAUCUCGUCAUUUUGGGCCGAACAAUCCACUGCCACAUAUCCAAAAGUGAGGAGGAUGAGCAGCGCGAAGAGCAGACUGCUCAUGGCGAGCCGAAUCUAAUCAUGGUCAAGCUUGCAAUGACUCUCCUUGCGGUCCUGCCUCAGACAAUCAAGAUCCUGAGCAUGCAUGGCAUCCUGUUCUCUCAAAUCUGCGCCUUUGUGUAUUUCUUGGCCAUCACCACAAGCCUCAUCAUAGAUCUCUGGAUUCCUUGCUCUGAAGUACCUGAUCCGGGAAGAGCAGUACAUAUCGACGACAUUAAAGUCCAUCCCGUAAUAGCAUGCCUAGCAUUACUCCUUUACGCCGGCGUGGUCAUUUCGGAGCUGUGGAUAUGGUACGAGAUCGCCCGCUUGUCGUCGUUCGAGGCCCCCGCGAGUGUCAAAAAUCUCAACUCUUGGGUGACGCUUGCCUACGGCCUAGGUCUAUUGGUGCAGCUGGUUGUUUCGGCCAUUUAUUUCUGCAUCUCGAGCCAUCGAUUUGCUAUUUCAAAAUAUCCUCGUAUAGUCCCUCUACUUGGGAUACUCGGGUUCUUCUUCACAUUGAAAGGGAUCGCAGGGUCGCCCAUCGAAGAAAAGGUUUCGUCUACGGGGCAUAUCCCGCCAAUCCCUUUGUGCCUGGAACGAGAAAGUUACUCCUUGAGCCUGAUUUUCUAUGCGGCAAUUGCCAGCAACAUUACCGCCCUGCUGAUUCACGCAAUCGGGAUGCUCAUAGCUCGAAAGAGGAGCACGGCUCAGCAACCCGGCGACCAGGACGUAGAGUCUGGAACAGACCAACCGGGGUCCACAGCGCAGUCAAGUGAGUCGGCAAGGCCACAGGAACAAGAUGGUGACGACGGCUCCAAGAUGAGACGGGCGUCUUUUUAUUUUUCCAUCGGUCGUAAGCUUUCUCGCGUCCUUGACAAUUUUCAAUUUAAUUAG